GGAUGAUUGACAAUCACGCCCGUUUCUUACUGUAGGCUGCUCACAAAUCACUAGUUCAUCCUCGUAAUGCUUGCUACCAUCGCGUCUAUUAUGCACCUCAAUUUUAACGCGACAGAAAUGCCCAAGCACUAAUCUCACGCGUCUCCUGGAAGAAAGCGGAGCGAGACCACCUUAAAACAACAGCGGCAGUGAAGAUCAAAGGCGUUUAAGCGCUUCCUUCAGCUCCAGUGAAUAGCUGGGUAACAUGCAGACGGCAGUGACGCAAGGGCUGCGCUGGACAAGCUGAGCAAGAGCACAGAGAGAAACCUGCUGCUGCCGGUUCUCACCCAAAACAUCGAAGGACAGGAACUAUUUUUCUGUUGUUGAGAUCCCCGCAGGUUUCUGCUGGAACUAUGGUUUAGGCUGAUAACGGUACCAGAUCCGCGUGAACACUAUGGCUGCAGUGGUCAAUUAUUCUCCGCUGUGGUGGGUUAACCUUUUCCAUCGCCUCCCGCACUUCAACCUACAGUUUCAGCGGACCAGCAGCGAUUUCCGCCCGGAGGACUCGGAAUAUCAAAAGUCUGUGUUGUUGCUAGGUGCAGUAGCAUUGGUGUGCUUGGCGCUCGACCUCCUCUUCCUCCUCUUCUAUUCCUUUUGGCUGUGCUGCCGUCGAAGGAAGAACCAGGACUCGCCCAGCGCCGACUGCUGCUGCACCGCUUGGUGCGUGAUCAUCGCCACGCUCGUGUGCAGUGCUGGCAUUGCAGUCGGUUUCUAUGGAAACGGCGAAACCUGCGAUGGCAUGACACGACUGACAUACUCUUUGCGCCAUGCUAACCAAACAGUGGCAGGCAUUGACAAACUGGUAUCCGAGAGCACCAGCAGUCUGAAUGAAACCCUCCAGGAGGGUUUGGUGCAGCUGGAGACUGUGUACUCCAAGCAUACAGACUACCUGUCCAUCGUCCAGAAACUACAGGGUCAGCUGGACGAGCUGAUCAAUCUGAUGGUGGAGGUGCCUUUCUGGAGCAGUACAGAUCUCUCUCUGGAUCACCUGGCAUCCAUCACUGAGCAGUAUGACUGGUACAGGUGGUUGGGUUAUCUGGGUCUGCUGCUCUUUGAUGUUAUAAUCUGCCUGCUCGUUUUGGUUGGCCUCAUACGCAACUCAAGAAGCAUCUUGAUCAGUGUUUGUUUGCUAGGUGUGCUGACGCUGGUGAUCAGCUGGGCUUCACUUGGGCUUGAGUUUUCUGUUGCUGUGACUGCCAGUGAUUUUUGUGUUGCGCCUGACUCUUACAUAACCAAAGUGUCACGUGAGAAUGCCGUUAUCAACCAAGAUAUCCUGCAGUAUUAUCUGAAGUGCAGCAUGGGACAGACCAACCCAUUUCAGCAGAAACUCUCCGGAAGCCAUAAAGCUCUUGUGGAGAUGCAGGAUGAUGUUUCCGAGCUCUUGCGCUCAGCUAUUCGAGAAUUCCCCAAUACUAAGAGUAACCUGGAGGAGAUGCAGGGGGUGUUAAACUCCACUGAAGUCAGUCUCCACCACCUCACUGCCCUGGUCGACUGUCGGAGCCUGCACAUGGACUAUGUGCAGUCUCUGACCGGAUUGUGUUACGAUGGAGUGGAGGGUCUUAUUUAUCUGGUCCUUUUCUCAUUCGUCACUGCGCUAAUGUUUAGCUCCAUCGUUUGCAGUGUGCCUCACACUUGGCAAAGCAAGAGGUCUGAGGAGGAGGAUGGCGAUGAGACUUCGGCCACACUCGGCCCGCGAGCGCCGCACGAUAACCUGUACCGCGUACACAUGCCUAGCCUGUACAGCUGUGGCAGCAGCACCUACGGCAGCGAGGCUAGUCUCCCCGCUGCGGCACACACUGUCAGCAACGCACCAGUCACUGAGUACAUGAGCCAGAAUGCUAACUUUCAGACCCCUCGGUGCGAGAACACGCCACUCAUUGGCAGAGAAUCCCCCCCGCCGUCAUACACCUCAAGCAUGAGGGCCAAAUACCUGGCAACCAGCCGCCCAGACCAAUCCAGGCCAUCAGAAUCCCAGAACGGUCUGGAGCCCAACAUGCGACCAGACCUAACCAGCCGCUCAGCUCCAAACAGCCGACCAAAUUCAGCUAUCCACCGACCCCACUCGGCCAUCCAUUAACUAUCCUCAAAUGCUUACCCAAUAGUCAUCUACCUGUCAGGUCCACCAGUACAAAGUUUGUCUCCACAUCGAUGUUCAGCCCAGUGAAGAAAUUCGCCCUAACAUCCUUAUUUGAUUGGAAGCAGUCAUCAAUGCU